AGAGAGAAGAAACGAUAAAUGCAAAUGAGUAGCUCAGAUGGAGCACCCGAUAACCAAAACAAGCCCACCGAGACAAGCCUCCCACCAGAUUCCAUAAUCAAUCUAGAUCACGGCGAUCCAACGUUGUUCGAGCCAUACUGGAAGAAGAUGGGAGACAAGUGUACGUUGGUGAUUGGAGGGUGUGAUUUGAUGAGUUAUUUCAGUGAUAGUAGCAGCAUUUGCUGGUUUUUGCAGCCGCAACUUGGCGAUGCCAUAAAGGGACUGCAUCGAGUUGUUGGAAAUGCAGUCACCGAGGGUCGCCACAUCGUGGUUGGGACCGGUUCAACACAGCUCUUAAUGGCUGCUCUAUAUGCUCUCUCUACUCCUUCCGCUAGUCACCCCGUCAGUCUCGUGGCUGCUGCUCCUUAUUACUCGGGAUAUAAGGAUCAGGCAGAAUUCCUGCGUUCAGGGCUCUAUAAAUGGGAAGGAGAUGCACAUACCUUUGAUAAGGAUGGACCUUAUAUUGAGGUCGUAACCUCGCCAAAUAACCCUGAUGGUACUAUCCGAGAAGCUGUGGUGAACCUUGGGGAAGGGAAGCUUGUGUAUGACCUGGCCUACUACUGGCCACAAUACACGCCCAUUACUCACCCUUCGGAUCAUGAUAUCAUGUUGUUCACAUUUUCCAAAUGCACUGGACAUGCUGGCUCCCGGAUAGGCUGGGCACUUGUCAAGGAUAAAGAGGUAGCUAGAAAGAUGACCGAAUACAUGCAGAUCAGCUCCAUUGGUGUAUCCAAAGAAUCCCAGCUUCGAGCUGCGAAAAUUCUUGGAGUACUCACCGAAGGGUGUCAACACUUUAGUACUGCUGAUUCAGAGAACUUCUUUGAGUAUAGCCAUAGAAUUAUGAGAGAAAGAUGGGAGAGUCUGCAAAAUGUUGUCAAAAACAGUAAAAUCUUCAGUCUGCCAAAGUUCCCACAAGAUCACUGCAACUUCACCGGGAAGUACACAGAUUCAAAUCCUGCUUUUGCAUGGUUGCACAGCAAGGAGGAUAUAGACUGGGAGAGUCUUUUGCGAGAACAUAAGAUAAUAGGAAGAAGCGGGGAGCGGUUUGGGGCUGAUCCAAAAUAUGUCAGAAUCAGUAUGUUUAGUCCACCAGAAGCGUUUAACCUUUUCUUGGAGAGGUUAUCAGCAAUCAUCGACAACACCAAUGGAAAUGGAGUGGGAGGAGAAGAAAGAUCGAUCGUCAAAUAAAUGCUCUUAACCUACCUGU